UGCGUUAUUACCUGCGCCAGUGUCGGCGCGCGUCUCGGUCCCAGGCGCUCGGACAGGUGUUCUCCCCUCUGGGAUUUGGUCGGUGCAGAUAUGUGGUGGAGAUUUGUGCUCCUCGGCGGGCUGUGCGUCCAUGUGCUGGGCGCUGAAAGCAGAGGGAAGCCAGGAUCUGAGCAGGAUCCUGGCAGGGGUCAGGGGCGCACACGCCCCAGGAGGGAUCCCGGCGGGGCCGCCGGCGCAUCGCAGCUUUCACACGGUCCUCCCUUCGCCUCCUGCCGGCUCCCCCUCACCCCGGCAGAGCACAAGGUUCUGGAUGAUAACACACACGAGACAGGGUUUAAUGGUGACGAUGGCUCCUAUGUAAUUCUCACGUGGGUGGGCGACGGUACAGGAGUGAUCCUGGUGCUGUCCACAUUUAGCGCUCCUAUUGACUCUUUUCUAGAUGGAGGCUCCUCUCGGCUUUACAGAAGCACCGAUUACGGCAAAUCCUUCCACGACAUCUCCCAGCGCAUCAACCACACCUUCAUCAAGGAGGAGUUUGGAGUCAGCGUGGGGCCGGGGAGCUCUGUGAUCCUGACAGCAGACAUCCCGGUGGUCGACAAUCCCGGCGGGAUCAUCUUCACCUCUGUUGACGCCGGCGCAACUUUCAAGUUCAUCCAGCUGCCUUUCCACCUGGCUCAGCCAAUCACGUACCACUUCCUCAACCCCGACUACCUCGUGGCCCUCAGCAUCGAUGGCAGUCUCUGGCUCUCUCUGGACUUUGGUGCCAGGUGGACAAAAGUCUAUGAUGGAGUGCAUUCUUACUCAUGGGGAGCUGGCAUCAACUUGUUCUUCAGCUGCAUUCGAGUAGAUCCAGUUGAGGAGGAUGAGAGGGGAGAUUUACUGCUCAAGAAAACAAGCGAUCUGGGGAAGACCUUCGCCACCAUCCACGAGGACAUCUACAGCUUCGGCUACAUCGGAGCUUUCCUCUUCUUCUCUGUGAUGGAAGAUCCGAGAACCCCUCGUGUCAUGUAUUUCUCAUCAGACCAAGGAGAAACCUUCAGCCGAGCGCUGCUUCCCUCUGCGUCCACCGAGCAGUUCUACUCCAUCCUGGACGGAGACGAGGACAUGCUCUUCAUGCAUGUGGACAACCCGGGAGACACUUACUUUGGGACCAUGUACACCUCAGACGACCGCGGGAUCCUGUUCUCUAAAUCCCUGGAGCGCCAUCUGUUUGACGGUCAGAGGAAGAGCGAUUUCACCAACAUUACUUCCCUGAGAGGAGUUUAUCUGACUAACAAACUGGAUUUGGAUGGACGCAUAAGAUCCGUCAUUUCCUUCAACAGAGGAGGAACAUGGCGGCAACUCAACAAGCCGGAGAACGUGAACUGUGAGGACCAAGUCAAGAAGUGCAACCUCCACAUUCAUGGUGAGCAUAGUCGCAAUAACCGACUGGUGCCCAUGUUGGCUCUGUCCGAGCCGACCGCCGUCGGCCUCGUCAUCGCUCACGGCACUGUGGGUGAUUCUCUUUCAUCCUCGCAGCAUCCAGACGUGUUUGUGUCUUCAGACGGGGGUUACAACUGGAGGGGGACUCUGAGGGGUCCGCACCACUACAGCAUACUGGACUCUGGGGGUCUGAUUGUUGCUGUUGAGGUCCAGCGAGACAGACAAGUCAAGACGAUAAAGUUUUCCACGGACGAGGGCCAGUGCUGGAAGUCCUACAACUUCACAGAGCAGCCUUUCUUCUUCGCCGGGCUGGCGUCCGAGCCGGGCACCAAGGCCAUGAACGUCAGCGUGUGGGGCUUCAGGCCGGAGGACGACGGCCAGCCCAUGUGGGUGGCCGUCACCAUCGACUUCCAGAGCCUCAUCACAAGAGAGUGUAACGACCAGGACUACGAAGAGUGGCUGGCGCAUGCAGCACAGGGAGCCGAACCGGACAGAACCGGCUGCGUCCUGGGCAUGAAGGAGACGUACAGGAGGCUGAAGAAGCAGUCUGUGUGCAGGAACGGCCGCGGCUUUGAAGUGAGCAAGAAGCAGAGCUCCUGCCUGUGCACCAGGGAGGACUACUUAUGUGACUACGGCUACUAUCGCCACGUUAACACCUCCGAGUGUGUCAGACAACCAAGUGCAGCAAAUAAAACCUUGGAGAUCUGUCUGAAUGGGGAGGAGGACGAGCUGCUGACAGCUGGGUAUCGGAAGGUGCCCAGUAACCGGUGCGAGGGGGGAUUCACUCCUCAGCAGGCCAUGCAGACGGUGAUCAGACCCUGUGGAGUUAAACCCAGCCCGGGUCCGCCGGAGAAGUCCACGUCUUCGGUCACACACUUCGACACGCCGCGAGAAAGGCUGGUGCUGAUUCUGGUGUGCACCGGAGCCGGACUCAUCGUCCUGAUCGCCAUCGUCUCUGCUGUCCUGGUUGUCAGAAGAGUGAUGUACAGACACAGGUGCCCUGAGUAUCGUUUCUCAAACCUCCGGAUCCAGGAGGACAACAACGGCGUCACACUCGAUCACGAGAGUGGCACGAGCAGCAACGGCACAGCCUGCCAUCAGGAUUCAGAUGAUGAUCUCCUCGUAUGACGCAUUUCUGGGGGUGUGAUGGAUGUUGUGUUUGAAGAAACGGCCGCCUAUAUUUUCUUGGAUUUGUCGUUGAUAUGAAAACACUGAAAGCCUUAAUUUAUUGAGCUGAUUUUUUUUUUUUCACUGCUUCACUUUUUUUUCUUUUUUUUAAGAAAAAUAGAUAUGUACUGUUGUGUAAUUUUGUGAGACAGAGCCAAAGAUGAAGAGUAUAGGUGCAGAUGCUGAACAAGGAGGUUUUAUUUUACGAUUGUAAAAGAUUCAGAUCAGUUUAUAUGGACACUCGCCUCCAGAAUAACUCCUGUUUUUAUUAAGAUGAGCGUUCACGAUUCCUUUCAAGUCCAGUGAAAGCAGAGGGAGCAUAGAUGGUAAAUACAGUGGAUAAAGCUUUUGUGACGUCACCCAUAGUGUUCCGAAAUCCCGCUGUGAAGAUUUCAGCGAGUCCAGCAGGACGUCUCCAUAUUGAACAUUUGAAACCGGAUGCAAAUGUGAUUGGUCCAGCCUGUCGGUUGUAGAAACUUGUGACAGAGACCAGAAUAUGUUCUGCGCUUUUAAAGAAUGCAAAUAAACAUAUAAAGCGCCGCUUUAUAUGUUUAUUUGCAUUCUGAAAAUCGACAUCUUUUAAUGGGUUCUGAUGAGAUCAGGGCUCUUUUUGAAACCAGCAUCAUCAACUCCUGCUGGAAUUUCUCCAGAAUUACAGCUUUUUUUGCACUUCUGUAUCAUCUUCAUGUUUUAUGAGCGAGCUUCACACAGUGUCUUCGGGGAAAUUGAAAUCAAAAUAUUCCAGUAUUUUUUCAUUCAUUGUUUUUUCUCCACCUUUUUCUGUUUAAUGUGAAAACAGUCUGAAACAAUCCUGAAAAUGUGGAUUUGUAACAAAACUAAAUUCAGCAGACAAAAUAAAGCUGUACUUUAAAAGCU